GAGGAUUUUGAGUGUUCAAAAUGUUUUGUCAAUACCUUUACAUCUUACGGAUUUGUUCAGUAAUGUUAAUGUGUAUAUUUCAUACGACAUAUGACAACUCAAUGUUCUACCCCGCAUCCGAAGCAACGAAAACUGAUCCGACGAAACAGGUUCGGGAUCAGUAAUUGAGAUACGGACUUUGGUAUCUUGCAUUGUGAUAUGAAAUAUGUGAAACUGGUUCCUCCUAAAGGUCAAGCAACACGUUAGAGCUGGUAAUUCCAUCUGUAUGUGAAUUGAAUACACACAUGGCAACUUCGUAUGGA